AUGGCCAAGAAAGGAAAGCAGCCACAGAGGGCCCCAAUGGCACACAAGGCUCCCCCGCCAGAGGCGGACAAUCCCAGGGUGAGAUGCUGGAACUGCAGGGAAUUUGGGCACAAGGCAAGCAGCCACAGGUGUCCACUGAAGCAGAGGAAUAGGGCCCUAGCCCCCCAGGCUAUGGGCUCCAAUAAGAUGAAGGAGAACCUGAAACCACGGAAUCUCCGGGUCCAGCAGAACCCAGGAAGCAUUAAUAGGCCUCCUAGGGAGACUGAGCAGAGAGCAUGGCAUGAAGAACAGAGACAAGCUUCUUGCAGGAGACUUCCCUGGAGGCCCACAAGCAAAUCCCAGCAAAAUGGGAAGGAAGAGACAGAAUCCUGUGCCUAUGUGAGGGAUCCACACACGAAAAGACCUGAGCACAACACUAAGAGGAAAUAUGAUGGAGACCCUGAUCUCACCACUUGCUCACCAAAAAAAAAAUGUGUCAUGACAUCCACAGCAUCUCCCAUCAAAGGUGUUGAGAGAAGCACCUGCUUACCUGCUGGAUCAAAGAAUGGACAGGAAGGGCCUGCCAUGGACUCCCCUCACACAGAAGGCACACACGUUGUCCAGGAUCCCACCCAUGGUGUCCAUGAGAAGGAUGACAGACCCCAACCUGCGUUCAGCACCCAGGGCCUGAACCAAACCCUCAUCCACCAGCCACAGGCCAAGUUCCCUGAUGGGAACUCACCCAGCAACCAACAUGCUGCUGCACACAGUGUGGGCCAGGACUCUCAUCUCAUCCUCAAGGUGCUUGGCAAGAGAUCUGCCCAGACCUCCAUCCAGACCUGCCAGAAGCCCACAAAGAAACCCAGACUCAGCCCCUGCCUGAAGAGCACACAGAAUCCUGACACCCAGCCUCUGCUCCAGGGCACUCUCCUCAAGACUCUCCAGCCCUGCCACAUGCCCCACUUCUCACCAAUUCCUGGGGUUCCAGGCCAGCCCUUAGACAAAGGACCGUGGAGCUCCAUGCCCAUGACACCUCCUUCCCACCGUCCUGCUGAGAAGCUCACUACUCCUGCUCAGAUCCCUCCCACCACUGAGAAGUCAGAGGAAGCCUGUCCCUGUGUCCCUUUGAGUGUCCUCCUUGAGGCCUUAAAGCUUUCCUCUUCCUCUGAAAAAGGUGAUGGCCAGUGA